GUUACUUGGGCCACUCUCAGCAUUAGUUUUCAUUUUAGCGGCGGCGAAGGAGCAGGAGAACUAACCAUGGCGACUCAAGCGGCUAAGCAAUCCGUUCAAUGCUUCGGGCGUAAGAAGACAGCAGUGGCUGUAACCCACUGCAAGCCUGGUUGCGGUAUGAUCAAGCUCAACGGCUCCCCGAUCGAGCUGUUCAACCCAGAGAUCCUCCGUUUCAAGAUCUUCGAGCCAGUCCUUCUCCUCGGCAAGCACCGUUUCGCUGGCGUCGACAUGAGGAUCCGUGUCAAGGGUGGUGGUCACACUUCCCAGGUCUACGCCAUCCGUCAGAGUAUCGCCAAGGCUCUCGUGGCUUUCUACCAGAAGUACGUGGACGAGCAGUCGAAGAAGGAGGUGAAGGAUAUCCUUAUCCGUUACGAUAGGACUCUCCUUGUGGCGGAUCCGAGGAGGUGCGAGCCGAAGAAGUUUGGUGGGCGUGGUGCUCGUUCCCGUUUCCAGAAGAGUUACCGUUAAAAAGAUGGUUUGUUUUGUUUCGGUUUCGGAUCGUUGCAAGGUUUCAUUUUCAGACUUCAUGUUUUGUUUGGAUAUCUAAGAACUUAUUAUGUUUUGCUAUGUUUAAGUGUUUGGUAUCAGAAAGUUUUAAUAUUUAUCAUUUUAAAUUAAUGUCUUGAGA